GGCCUUCUGCGAAAGUGCAAUCUCGUUCCCCACCCGAAGCCAAUGUUCCCAAGAGGAGGGGAACUCGAUGCCCGGGAAGAAAGAAAGAAACAAAGCAGGCUUCGAGGAAGUCCUGUCUUCUUCUGCUUCUACUUCGACGCUCAACUUAUCCCCCUGGAACACAUUCUCGCUCCGAUCGACGUUGUGGGUUCUCAAGCUGAGUGUGAUUUCUCAUCGGAUUCCGCCUCUCGCCAACUGGGGUUGGACCGCGGGCUUCUUUAAGCAGCCGUGAAGGCGGAGUGUCCGGAGACAUUCUGACUUGGUUUAUUUACGAUAAAAUAAAAUAAAAUGUAAUACAGGCGAUUAAUCUUUUAGGAAAAUUGUCUCAUGAUACUUGAUUAAGGUGAAUCUUGGACUACGACCAGCAAGAUGGGAGGCUGGUGGACGUGGUUUAACGGUCUGCUCUAUGGGGUUGGAGGACUUGCUUGUGCGGGUGUGGCGAUUCUAGUUGCGUUUCAGGAGAAGCUUGUGUAUGUACCAGUAAUUCCUGGCGUGAAGCGAGGUUACCCAUAUUCUCCGACACAUUUUAACCUUCGCUAUGAGGACGUGUGGCUUACCGCUAAGGACGGAAUACGACUACAUAGUUGGUUCAUCGAAUCUCAUGUUAAACGUCCAGGGCCAACAUUCCUUUUCUUCCAAGAAAAUGCUGGCAACAUAGCACACCGCCUACAUUUUGUGCAUCUCAUGGUGCGGAAAUUACAGUGCAAUGUUUUCAUGCUCUCAUAUCGUGGGUAUGGUGACAGUGAGGGUUUUCCUUCCCAGCAUGGCAUUAAAUUGGAUGCUCAGGCGGCAUUAGACUAUUUGCACUCGAGACCAGACAUUGAUCCAUCCAAUAUCUUUGUGUUCGGAAGGUCGCUUGGUGGAGCUGUAGGGGCUGCUCUUGUGAAGGACAGUCCUAGAAAGGUUGCUGGUUUGAUAUUGGAGAACACAUUCACUUCAGUUCUUGAUAUGGCAGGAGUUUUGCUACCCGGGUUGAGAUAUAUUGUUAAUGGAAAGGGAGGAUUAUUGAAUUGGUUCGUGAAGUCACCGUGGAAAACAAUUGAACUCAUCAAGCAUGUUGAUGCACCUAUUUUGUUUUUGUCUGGCCUACUGGAUGAGAUGGUGCCUCCAUCACACAUGCGAGAACUCUAUGAUGCAGCUCAAGAUACCUCUAGUGCUCGACACACUUUAGUUGAGUUUCCAGAUGGUACCCAUAUGGAGACGUGGUCGCAGGGUGGUGAUCGCUACUGGCGUAGUAUUGAAAUUUUUGUGCAAAAUUGUGCAGCAGAUACCAGAUCUUUAUCUACAAGUAGUAUUGACACGUAGUCAUGGUGUUGGUCUUGCUUGCUUUAUUGCUGUUGCUGUUCCCGAUGUUCUGUAAAGUAGUCAUUACCAUUGUUUUAGAGGUAAUUGUGAAGUUGCGUUGCUCUCAUAUCGGUUUUCGGAAUGUCAGUCCAAGUAUUAUUUGCUGUAUCCCAGAAUUUUAAUCGUAGCACAUCCAUCCAAUCCAUUGCCUGGA